AUGGAAAGCCAAAAAAACAGAGUAAAACUCAAUGUUGGGGGAAAAAAGUUUGAAACUACGGCCACCACCUUAGCGAGUGGUGGGAGGACUUCAUUUUUUGGAGCCAUGUUUAAUGACGAUUGGAACCUGCAUUCCGAUGGGUCGAUCACUGAAAUUUUCAUCGAUAGAAAUCCUGAGUAUUUUGGUGUCCUUUUGGACUUACUCAGAACAGGGGAGCUAUAUAUUCCUCCAAAGAUCGAUAAAAAGCACCUAUACAGAGAGGCUCUGUAUUAUGGCAUUGAGGAUCAUUUAAGGUUAGCUAAAUGGGGCCCCUUUGAUGGCAAUAGGCUCCGGUUGGCUGAGUCUAUAAAGGGCCCAACAAAAGGGAAGGCUGAAAAAAUUCGGGCUAGCCCGAAUAGCUGGUGCUGUGUGGUACGUGAUAAUAUUGUCAGCGUGUACAAUUGGAUGCUAGAAGAGAAAACUACAAUAACCACUCGUGAUUAUCGUAGGGUCAACGAUGUUUGUUGGGUUAAUUCAGAUAACAUUGCGGUUAGUAGUUCUGACAAGUACCUAGCUAGUGAAGGCAUAGGGUUGUUCACUGCAUCUACAGGGGAAUUGAAGUAUAAUUUUCAAGUUAAAGAUGAAGAUCAAUUGAAGGAUUACACUGCAGGUGCACUCGGUGUUGGCUCGGAUUACAAGUUGUUCUCCAGUUGUACUGAGAUCACCAACAAAAAGAACGGGAUCGCUGUUUGGGACCAAAUCACAGGUAAGCAGACAGAUUUCUUGCAAUACUUGCCAUAUAGCAAGGCUACCAAGCUUCAGUGGUUACAAGGCUUGAAUGAGUGUUUGGGUUUCUUGGAUUUUAGAAGGACUAAUACGAGUGUAAAUUGGAGAUAUAAGAAAGAUUCUUCGUCAGAUAUGUGUUUUCCUAAACUAGUAUUUCACGAGGGGCAAUUGUUUUCAUCAUUGAACAAUAGUAUAUCGGUAUAUUCUGGUUCUGACUGGCUUCCAACAUCACAGCUUCGAAAGAGUCCUGGUGGUCCGAUUUGUGAUUUUUUCAAUUGGUGGUACCAACUUUUCGCUCUUCAUAAAGAUGAAAAUGUCAUUGAUUUAUGGGAGACCCCUCGUCCACCAGUUAUAUGA